AUGAUGCACAAAUACUUAAAUUACUUGACUUUUUCAGGAGCCAGCGUAGUUUCGGCAUCGGGGGCGGCGGUGGAGUCGUUGGAAGGAAAACUCCACUCCAGGGGAAGAGGCGGCAGCGGAUGGGAGAGACCUAUUGCUUGGAAUCUUCUCGCUGCCGGAAAAAGAGAGGUAAGAAUGCAGGGAUUUGUCCAUGACGAGGCGAGCCGGGGAUAUGGGGUUUUUCACGGUGGUGAUGUCGGAGACGACGCCGCAUUGCGCGCCGCGACCGUUCAUGAUGCUCGCCUCCAUCUCCACCGCAAGGCCUUCGCGAAAAUGACCCUUCCGUUCUAA